UUCGGACGCGGCCUUAUAUUAUUAGAUAAGUGAAGUACAUGUAAACCAGUGAAAUUGACCGAUCGCGCGGGCGCUGUAUCGUUCACGAAAUCGAAACUACGCGACGCCGAGAGAGAAAGUUCGACCGGACAGAAUUCUAAACGAUGGAUGAUGUUAAAAUGUCUUCAUCCGAAGGGAAAAUCGACACGACUGACUCGAACUGCAUGAGUUUAUGAGUUUAUGUUACGGCAAUUAUUUGUGGCGUGCUUUCGUUGAGACUUCGGGACAAAGAGUGCCAAUUAACUGCUCUGCCCCUGCUGGUGAUGAUGGUGAGCGGUGAUCGUUGGGCCAUCUGGGAGUUGCACAUACAUGUACAUGUACAUGUCCGUGUUGUUACGUUGAAAACUUUCCCGAACUUCCAAGAACUUAGCCUACUGGUAGGUCUUCAUCACGACAGCAAAACACCGAUGUUGACUCCUCUCUGUUGCGUGACACAAUAACACUCGUCCAGACUUAUUUGCCGCAACAACGGAGAGUACUGCGAAUGUGGACAGGCCAAAGUCCGAGACCGAAUACGAUCAACCACUUUGAUCCAAGUAAUCGUGACUGCAUGCCUGUUACGCCCGUCCCUGCACUUCAACUUACUUGACCUGGUUGUCAGGACGGCAACUUUGCCCAAACUUGAGAGUGACUGGCCAGGAAGGACUCUUUGAUUUAAUAUAGGAGAAAAGUAUUCAUGAAGACCAUGGAUAUCAUAGAUGACUUGCUGUUAUCCAAGGUGCAGCUGUGGGGGACACUCUGGAAGAAACCGUUUGGUCCGACUUCCAACUCAGGGAAAUGGCAAAAAAGAUUUUUUGUCAUCAAAGAAGGCUACUUGCUGUACUAUGCAGAAAAUGAAAAGAAAGACUUUGACAGGAAACGCUAUUUCAACAUGCACCCCAAGGGUGUCAUACCUUUGGGUGGGGCUCUUGUGGCUCCUACUACUGAUCCUAUCAAGAUGUGGGCGAUACGCAUUGACCAUGAUGAGGUUCAGGGGUCAAUUUUCAUCGCUACAGACUCAGAGAACGAGAGGGAGAAAUGGAUGGAGGUGAUGAGAAAGUCGAGUCGGGUCACAUGGAGGAAUGCAGAACUUGGAGAAACUAUGAUACAGACAUUAGAACAGCAGAGUCUAGAGUUGGCUCGAGACAGCCAAAGGUACCGAGAACAGUGGCAUCUAGAGGCCAUGGCUCUACGGGACGAGAUGGAUAAAAACGAGGAUCUUGAAAGAUUGACCUCAGAGUUGGAAGAGGAGAAGAGAAAGAUUGAAGAAACGGCCAGAGAAUUACUGGAGGAACAUGAACGGACUAAAAUGGAAUUGGAGGAAACCACGGCAGCAAUGCAGCAAGUUGCUAAGGACCAGGAGCAUCUGACUAGAGCAUCCUUUGACUUCCAAUCUGACCUAGAGGUGUUGGCGGCGGAGCGUGAGAGAGCCCUCACUGAGCUCAAGAAACGGGAAGACACCAUGCAGAAUCUAACCAGUGCAAACCAGUCACUGUCAUCAGAGACUGCUUCCCUGAAGAACAACCUCAAGAAGAUUGAAGAUAAAACGAGCGAACUGCAAAGGGAACUCUAUCAAAUUAAUGAGAGAUUGCUAGACAAAGAAAAAGAAGCAGCUGUCUUGGCCGAGGAGAAGAAAUCAUUCAGUAUACAAGCGCAAGAGUUAGAGUCAUCGUUACAUGACCUGACCGUUCAAAAGGAGUUGACAGAAUCAGAACUGCGGGAAGAAAUCAUCGCUCGUCACGAAGCCGAGAGACGGCUUAAGAAAGCAGAGGAUUCCCUGGCCAGAUUAGAUGCAGCGCUGAAGGAGAGCAGACCUGAGCCCGUCACCAAACGAGAGACAGAGCUGGAUGUGGAAAUCUUCACAAACGUUGCUCAUCUCAAAAAAUUCUUUGAGGACAUUGCUAUGGAGGCCAAGCUAGAUGCCAACAAGCCAAUUAUUAUGAAGAACGCCCUUCACGCCCGCAAGUCGUUUGUCCGAAAGACCAAAAGCUUCAAGUUCCGGAAAGAUCGUGACAAGAGUAUUGCCCGCCACAAUACAAGCGCUGAAGCACUCCGGGGUCGAGCGCGUCAAAAUGCAGCAGCAAAACAGGGACUAGGUAUGCAUGGUUUACAAGUGACUAAUGUUUGGAGAGGGGAAUGAGAGAAAAAGGAAAGUCUCAGUAAAGGAUUUAUCCGACUCUACCCCAGUUGAAAUACUGCCUUGACCAAGGCUUGUUUGCUUGUUUGAUGAGCAAGCUCACUGCUACUUCCGAGGAGAAGACAUUGUGUUUGGCUUUGCUCCCAUGAUGUAACACUAUCCUAUAGACUAACCACAGGCACUUACCUCUGAGGACAAUAUAUCGACCUCUGAGGUCAGGGAAUCACGCUGUGUUCUGUCCUCUUUAACCACCACUACUCCUGUAUCUGCCUCUUGUACUUCUCCAAAGGCAUGAGAGGAUUACUUUGUUGACAACAGGAGUUGGUUAGACAGGUGUAGGCAUUGACUGGAACAUACCGAUAGUGCACACUAAUACCAUUUCAAGUUCUCAACUUGGAACCGUAACGGUAGUAGGGAAGGCCUUCUCACUGUGUUUCUGUGGGUAUGUGUGUACAUGUAUGUCUCUGUCUCUUCUAUCAUAUUACACAUCAAACCAUGGCUUGCUGUUACAGGAGAGUUAACUUCAGUUUAAUUGUGCAGUUUUGUUCUUAGAAAGUGUCACGGCCAACCUAAUCUUAAAAAGAUUUUGAAGCUGUAAGGAUUAGUGCCAGCCGGGACAAAUUCAUUGGGCUGGCCACUUUGAAAUUUCCCAGCCUACCAUCCACCCAAAUCCAACACCUAGAUUUGCUGCAAACUUGAAUCUGAUAUGAACAGCCUGGUAUGGCCACUGUUAGCGUACAUAGAGUUUGGCCUCCUGAUUAGGUUUCAGCGCUGAUUUGGGUUUCCAUCACUUUUCAUUAAAAAUUGUUUGGUUGAUUCAAGAAGCUUUAAAUAGCAGCAUCAAGCUGUAUUGAUGAAUCAGCAACAUUUCACUGGACAUUUCCUAUGCCCCCUUUAAUGGCAGAAAGCAAUGUUUUGUACGAAGUGAAUUUCAGGGAACAGUGGCUCUGUACAAUACAUGCUUCCCACCAUUGGCAGGGACCUGUGUAAAAUGACCAGUGAUAGUGUUACCAUGGUCACCAGAUUCUGUGAUGGCUUUAUCAAUCUUUGUGACUGAAUUUGUGUUAGAAUCUCUCUCUUGUAUUACAAAGAGUUCACUACUGUGACUUGUAAUUUAACAGUAUGUACAUGUGUGUUUGACACAAACUUUAACCUUCCUGUUUGACACCCAAACCCUUACCCUCCACAUCAAGCUCUGCCAUGAUUAAAACUUCAUCUCUAACCCUCCAGUUCAUUCAUUUCAGAGGAGAAUUCCUCUGUAGUAUUGGGCAUUUCAGUGGCAUUUAGAAAUGUUGUUGCAAUAUCAAGAGUGUUGUCAUUUAAUCUAAUGUUUGUCUACGUGUAUGCAUCUAAGUUUUCUGCAUGAUUCAUUGUCAUUGCAUCUUGUGUCUUUGGGGUUCGUGGUUGGUGUUUGGCUUUUCAUCUCGAUGUUGCUUCUCACACUAGUGGCAAGAUAAUUCAUAUUGUGAAAAAGACCAGAAUCCAGUUUCAUGAUACUGUGAAAUGCAGAAUUUGCUGUCAGUAGCAUUUUGAUCCUAUUUUUUGAAAGGAAAGCUUUUGAACAUCCCAACUUUGUUACAAUUUAUUUCAAAAGUGUUGAUUACAAUCUUGAAUGUCUGGUAUUGGGCUGUGUUGGUAUGCACAUUCAAGUUUGCCCAUUGAGUAACAUUUUUUGUGUGUUCUUGUCUUGUCUGGUAUGUUUGUAAUAUCAAACAAAGCUGUGCUGUUCAUUUGCGAGCUUAACAAUUUUCACACUUUCUUCUGUUUUGAGCAUGAAUGCUUUUUGUGGGUUGCCUUUAACUGCUGAAUUGGUGCGUAAGAUUAACUUCAUGGUAUUUUGGACAAAGAGAGAGAUAAAAGCAUGCAGUGGUAAGGGAGACGUUUUUCCUCACAUUGCUUUUGCAGUUUUAAAGGUUGGAUCAUUCUUGAAAGUGAAGUUACUUUUGUACGUUACUGAAAGGUCUGUCGUCAUUGUUCAAUGACAAUAAAACUACAACAGGGACAGUCAGAAAUGUCCAUGAAAACGUCUUGAUCUGUAAUGAACCUUUUUGGAAAAAAAUUAGCUGUGCAGCUCCCCUUAAUACUUCCAGAGACUUGUCAAAAUGAAUUUCGGAUGCCAAGCCGAAAUGCAUUUGAGGUUUUGUUUUUAAAUUAGGUGGAGACAAAAUCAAAAAUGGUAGCUAUUCAAGUCUUAACCAAACCUUUUUGUCUGUUGCAUCUGUUUGUCUCAUUAAAUUUGUUCAGAAUUUUCAAUUCGUAAAGCAAGUAGAAUUUAAAUCAACUUGUAAUACAUCAAACAGCUUAUUUAGUUGUUUUGUAUUUACUGUUAAAACUUGAGAAACUUUUAAAUGCAAUUUUUAAUUUUCACCAUAAAAAACUUACAAGGUUUUUUCGCUCUGUACAUAAACCACAUUUUUCUUGGUCAUGUUGGGUUUUCUAAUGCCGAGGUAAACUUUGCAUUGCAUGUAUCUCCCUUGUUUUAAUGUUGGGUAACUAACCUUUCAUUCAUGUUUUAAGAAACAGUUAAUGUAAUUUUCAACUUUAGGCUGAGUACCAUCUCUUCCUUUCAUUUUAUCUCUCCACUUUUUUUUUCUGUAAUGCUUUUUAGUUGUCUUCAUCACUGAUGAAGACUUCAUUCAGGAUAUCAACAACAUAUCAUUUUGGGAGGAGGAGUUCUGAAUGAGAACCAAUCUUAAACCGCCUGUUUUUCGUGAGCUUCUGCCAAUUUGUGGUUGAUAAAUAAAAGCUGUUUAACCACUACCAGCCGGGGACUCCGAAAUCGGAGCCGUAUGGUUUAUAUGUGUGGCUGGGGUCUCCAAAC